AUGGCCAAGCGCCUUUUCACUUCCUCGCCUCUCUUUCAUUGUGCUCCCGCUGCCCCUUGGACCGGGGCGUCGAUGGAGUUUUUCUCGUUCCGGGCCACGGCCCGCCAUAAGGCCAGUCUCCGGCAUUUUUCAUCUAAAUCAUGGAAGCAAUAUCAGAAGGACAAUAACUCUGAAAACAAUAGAGGAGGAUUUGGCUCAAGACUAGGUUUUGCUUUACGCAAUACCAAGGUCGAAUGGUAUCCCAUCCCAGUUGGACUCGGAAUUGGUUUGCUAGGGUUGCUGUCUUUCUACAAGUCGCAACGUGCGGAACGGAAUCGGCUGGCCCGCGAUGCGGCCGGCGAUGAAUGGGAGGAAGGCAAACGGCCACCUCGUCGUCCGAGGAUUACUCUGUCAGGCCCAUGGCAUAUUCAGAUCAUGUCCACUCUACCCCUGAAGGCCAUGUCCCGCCUGUGGGGCCGGUUUAACGAAAUCGAACUUCCUUACUACCUCCGCGUUCCUGGAUUCAAACUCUAUUCCUGGGCUUUUGGCGUCAACCUUGAAGAGGUUGCCGAGCCUGACCUGCACACCUACCCGAAUUUGGCAGCAUUCUUCUACCGUAAACUGAAGCCUGGCGUUCGACCUUUGGAUCCCGACCCUCGUGCCCUUCUGGCUCCCUCCGAUGGCCGAAUCUUACAAUUUGGAACGAUCGAGCGGGGUGAGGUUGAGCAAGUGAAGGGAGUGACAUAUAGUCUGGACGCUCUCCUAGGUUCAGCCACGCCUGCGAACGCCGACCACACCGAGAGACUCAGGGAUCAGAGCGAGAAGGAAACCCAAAAGGAUGUCGAGAACAUGGAUGCGCAUGCAGAAUUUGCGCACGUGAACGGGAUUUCCUAUACCCUCCCCAGCCUUCUUUCGGGCGAAGGUGCUCCCAAACGACGUGCUUCAUUGGAUGCUUCAACCGCAUCCAAAGCAACUUCGGAACUCCAAGUGCAAGAGGACCUGGCUCGUGGUGAUGGAACCCCAUGGUAUGCACCCAAGACAGCGGCCAACCACGCCCUGUUCUACGUUGUGAUCUACCUAGCACCCGGUGACUAUCAUCGUUUCCACUCCCCUGCUCCCUGGGUAGUUGAGAGCCGCCGUCACUUUGCCGGCGAGUUAUACUCGGUUUCACCAUAUCUGCAGCGACAUCUCCCCGGUCUAUUCACUCUCAACGAGCGAGUCGCACUUCUCGGCCGAUGGCGGUGGGGAUUCUUCAGUUACACACCGGUCGGAGCUACCAACGUAGGCUCCAUUAAAAUCAACUUUGACUCGGAGCUACGCACGAACAGCCUAUUGACUGAUACGGCCGCGGACCUAGCUGCAGCCUUGGCUGCCAAGCGUGGUGAGCAAUAUCCCGGCUUUGUUGAAGCAACUUACCAUCACGCCAGCCGAACACUUAAUGGACACCCACUGCAACGUGGCGAAGAGAUGGGUGGGUUCCAGCUUGGCAGUACGAUCGUACUUGUGUUUGAAGCUCCACUUGGAACUCGCAGGUCCAUUGAUGCCGGCUGGCCGGAUGAUGCCCCCAGUGAUGGCUGGACUUGGAGUAUUGAGAAGGGCCAGCGCAUCAAAGUAGGCGAAAAAUUGGGCUUUGUGAAUGAGGCGUAA